AGACUCCGGUGUGCGCGUGCUUUGUCUUCUCUCCCUAUAAACCAACGUUGGUCUCUGUCCAUGAGAGCCCAAACACGCUUUCAAGUUGCCAAAUUUCAUCCCCCUUUCCCUCACAUUCUCAAUUCUGAUUCUGCGAUACCAAUUUCUUCUUCUGAAGAUGGAUAUGAAAAGCAGAGGAAUUCCAUUUACCAUGUUUUUGCUCUUUCUGCUCCUUUCUGCAAUUUUCUCAACCUCUUUCUCCAAAACCGAUCACGUUCUCAACUCCAAGAAGCCAAUACCCCCAUCCUCUGUUGCUUUCCGGAUUCAAGGAAAUGUAUAUCCACUUGGGUAUUACACGGUGAGCUUCCCCAUUGGAAAUCCCCCUAAGCUUUAUGAUCUUGACAUUGACACGGGUAGUGAUUUCACUUGGGUACAGUGUGAUGCACCGUGUUCAGGUUGCACCAUACCUCGAAAUAGCCAGUAUAAACCCCGUGGCAACCUUGUGAAAUGUGGGGAUCCCUUGUGUGGUGCAAUCCAGUCAGCACCUAGCCAUCCCUGUGCUGAUCCAAAUGGGCAAUGUGACUUUGAGGUUGAGUAUGCAGAUCAAGGAUCAUCUCUUGGUGUGUUAGUCCGAGAUAAUAUUCCACUUAAACUCUCUAAUGGAUCUUUAGCUCGCCCUAUGUUGUCCUUCGGGUGUGGAUAUGAUUUGCAUUCUGGUCACAGUCCCCCACCUUCCACAGCAGGGGUUCUUGGCCUUGGAAAUGGCAAGACAAGCAUUCUGUUCCAGCUUAACUCUCUUGGCCUAAUUCGCAAUGUGGUAGGACACUGCUUAAGUGGGAGAGGAGGAGGGUUUUUAUUCUUUGGAGAUAAAUUCAUUCCUCAAUCUGGAGUUGUUUGGACACCCAUAUUGCAAAGUUCCUCUUCCUCGGUAAAACACUAUAAAACAGGUCCAGCAGACUUGUUUUUCAAUGGAAAGCCUACUCCUAUCAAGGGUCUUGAACUUACCUUUGAUAGUGGAAGCUCGUACACAUACUUCAAUUCACAAGCUCAUAGAGCUCUUGUUCAACUGGUAACUAAUGAUAUAAAGGGGAAACCAUUAAGCAGAGCAACUGAGGAUCAAACACUACCAGUUUGUUGGAAGGGUCCAAAGCCUUUCAAAUCUCUACAUGAUGUCAGUAGCAAUUUUAAGCCCCUGGCAUUGAGCUUCACAAAAUCAAAGAAUUCGCUGCUGCAACUACCACCACAAGCUUAUCUAAUUGUCACUAAAUAUGGCAAUGUCUGCUUGGGGAUUCUAGACGGCACUGAAAUAGGACUGGGAAAUAUUAACAUAAUUGGAGACAUCUCUUUACAAGAUAAGAUAGUAAUUUAUGACAACGAGAAACAUCAGAUUGGAUGGGCCCCUGCCACAUGCCAAGUGUAAUUGACCUUCCAAGUCAUAAAUCAAUCGUGAUUUUUUUGUAUAGUUGAGAGUUGAGACUGCUAUUACGGCUUUCUCACAAGAAAAAUCUUAGCAGAUCGGUGCUCUGCAUCUUAUGAUGUUGUAAAUUUUCAAUGUCAAUGAGCCAUUAGGCGAGGAAUGUUAGGAUGCAAAAUGGUUGGGGUAGCAUGUAUAAUCUAAUAAUCCCAUACAUAUGGUACAACAUCAUUCGUUUAUACUUUUAUAUUUAGCAGUUUACUAUACUUUUGAUUUCA